GUUCCCUUGCAGCUAGUUACGGUCAUAUAAGAAGUUUGCUGUGGUUAAGCAGAGGGGAUCUCAGAGAGGUGCCCGCCUCCCUGCCCCCUCUUUUCUCUGUCCUGGCUGGCAUACAGAUGUGAUGGCUGAGGCCCGAGACGCCCUUUUAGAUCAUGUGGUGGGGGGAGCCGGGUGCUAAGAACCACAGAACAAAAAGAGGCCACUGGGUCCCCGAUGCCAGGGCACACUAGCCCCUGGCUGCUUACCCCAGACUUCAUUUAUGUGAGAGAGAAAUAAACAUCUGCCUCCUGUAAACCCUUAUUAUUUGGCCUUUUCUUUCAUUUACAGCUGAAGCUAAUCCUCAGCGAUACAUUUUGCUUUCUAAAUGUCAUUGCUAUUGAAUUUUUGUCCCUCGGUGGAGUUUGUGUUCCAUUUGUAUCCCACACACAUUAGCAAUGACACUCUCCGGCUUUGGGGUUUGCUGUUUGCGCUUUCUGUUUUCUCCGAGCGGAACUUCCCUGGUUCUGACAUGGAUUCCGUUCCUGUCCUUGGCCUGGUGGGUCCGUUUCUGUGCUCUGGGUGUUUUCUGGAGGACACCCUCCAACUGUCAUGGCAAACUCUCUCCCUUUUGCAAAUUGCUCAAUUGGCCUGAAAGGCUUGUGAGAACUGGCUUUCUUAGGAGCGUUCUUGUCUUGACUGACCCAGCUGCAGAUGGACUGGACAUGCAGAGCACUUUCAGACCAUGCUGAAGUCUAAAUUGAAUGUCCUCACACUGAAAAAGGAACCUCUCCCAGCUGUCAUCUUCCAUGAGCCGGAGGCCAUCGAGCUGUGCACCACCACACCCCUGAUGAAGGCCAGGACUCACAGUGGCUGCAAGGUCACCUAUCUGGGGAAAGUGUCCACCUCAGGCAUGCAGUUUUUAUCAGGCUGCACCGAGAAGCCGGUCAUCGAGCUCUGGAAGAAGCAUACACUUGCCCGAGAAGACGUGUCCCCAGCCAAUGCUCUCCUGGAAAUCCGACCAUUCCAGGUGUGGCUGCAUCACCUCGACCACAAAGGUGAGGCCACGGUCCACAUGGAUACCUUCCAGGUGGCCCGCAUCGCCUACUGCACCGCCGACCACAACGUGAGCCCCAACAUCUUCGCCUGGGUUUAUAGGGAGAUCAACGAUGACCUGUCCUACCAGAUGGACUGCCAUGCUGUGGAGUGUGAGAGCAAGCUGGAGGCCAAGAAGCUGGCCCACGCCAUGAUGGAGGCCUUCAAGAAGACUUUCCACAGUAUGAAGAGCGAUGGGCGGAUCCACAGGGACAGCUCGUCCGAAGAGGUUUCCCAGGAGUUGGAAUCCGACGAUGGCUGAAUGGACUUGAGAUGCUGAGCAAAGGCAGCAUUGGUCACGGAGUUCCAGAUGACAGGUGAAUGAGCAACGAUUCAAAUUUGGGAUGAAAAGACUGCCACACUAUUGGCUGACCAUGCUUUUUAAAUUCCGAAGAGCAAUUCUAAAUCUAAAGAAAUGUAUCAUUAAAGUAAUUACGUUACAUUGAAAUCUGCUGCUGCUGUGACUGUGAGGAGGGUGGGAGCUUGGAUGGGGAGGAAGGUUCUAGACUUUCUCUUUUUUUUUUUCCCCCUUAUAUGAACUCCUCCUCGUGGGAGAUCUUCAUGCCGAUUUUUAACACUCUCAGGCAAAUACUCUGCGGCUGUUAUUUGAGGGACCAUUCCAAUCUGCCUUAUGAAAUCCAACCAGAAUGUUAGAGGCACCUCUAGAUCCCUGUGGGGGGCAGCGAGGGUGCUGAUGCUGGUGCAGCGCCUGCAGGGUGGAAGGGACAGCUCAGGAGGACCCAGAGCUCCUCUCCACGGCAUGUUCCAGACCCUCCUCAGUACGUGAAUCAGCACAGCCUUUAUCAAGCUUUACAACUAACAACCUGAUAGUUGGCAGUUAAUUCGCAGUUAAAGAUAAUGCUUUUAUUUACAUGAAUAUAUCAAGUAGUACCCUCUUAUUGUAUUCACUUCAUCUAUUUUCUUAGAAUACUUGCAACUACUAAUAAUCCCUUCCCUUCUCCUGCACCAUUCAUCCUCCCUCCCCUUGCAGCAUCCCUAGAGAAAUGGAUUCUCAGCAUCCAUUGCAGGACAUCAAAGGGAAGAAAAUGAUCAAGCAAAUGAUAUAAACAGUGAACACACCAACCAGAAAUCUAAAGCAGAAGCUCUCUGAGAAAAAGGGAGCAAACGAUUAGCACGUAACACCCCCUGUGGAGGCUGACCCUUUUACAAACCUGAUUUAUGGUCACUUGCUUGGUCCAUGGUCCUGUCUGAUGAACCCUCCAUGGAAAGCUUCAACCUCCUUUGCCACCACAAGGAAGCUUUGCUCCAGCACUCAACACUGCUCUCAAGUAGGGAAUGAGUUGCAUAAAUGCAGCUGGUCUAGAGAAACUAGGUCCACUGUAACCUAAAGGGAAAUCUUAUCUUGUUCUCUGAAAGUUGGUGAUGUCUUAGAGUCAGAAUUGCCCACUGGUUCGUGGUUUCUAAUGAGAAAUUCUCCCUAGGAAAGCUGAGAAUUCUCAGUCUCACAGAUCUUUAAAUACCAUCAAGAAUGGAAUGGGUUUCAUGGGAUGAAAUACAUGCAUUUAAGGCUGAGAGCAGAUGAGUGAUUUUCCAAGUAAUACUGCUCCUUUACAAAGUCUGUUUUCAUUCUUGGUAAUGGUAGGGGCACUGGGCACCUUAGAAGCCUUAAAUGAAAGCCAAUAUAAUCCAGACAGCGAUGGUGUCAGCAUUUGGUCUGUGGAUCUGUGUGUCCUUGUACGUGUUUGUGUGUUUGUACGUGUGCCCCUGUGUGUGGGUCCAGUUUUCAGGCAUGUACAGUGAGCAUGGCUCAUACUGAGGAACACUCGUCUCCUGAAGAUAUGCUUGUUGCUUUACGACAUAUGUAAACGAUUCUUUAGCAUAAAUGCAUUCAUUCUUUAAUAAAAAUAUGUUUGAGUUAAUAAAUCUGAA